AUGGAAAAUGGUAACGGAGAUCAUGCUGCUAAUGGUAACGGAGUUGCUUACAGUCACGUGAAGCCUCUUUGGCCUAUCUACUAUCGAGUACUUGGUGGAGGACCUCACGUUCGAUUCUCGCUUUUCUCUAGGUUUCCUCGUUGUCCCUGUACGGAGACGCAUGCUUAUCCUAAUGACCUUGAGAUUGAGGAGCUGAAUGCCAUGGUGGAUGCCCAGGGUGCAAGGAUUUUGGAGCUCGAGGGGACAAUAGUAGAUGAGUUUGCUAGGGCUGAGGGCGCUCGAUUAGCUGUGGUGCAUGAUAGAGGGAAGGAUAGAGCCUUGGAGAGAUUUUUGAAAUUUACUCCGCCUAAAUUUAUUGGAGGACCUAAUCCUGAGUUAGUGGAGAACUGGCUAGAAAGAAUGACUAACAUAUUUGCCGCCUUAGAUUAUACUGAGGAGAGGCGAGUGACCUUUGCUGCCUUCCAAUUUGAGGGUGUAGCACAGAAACGGGAGGACGAAUUCAGAAAACUGAGACAGGUGGCUUCUAGUGUGGCUGACUAUGAUGGGAGAUUUACUAAGUUUUCUAGGUACGCUCCGGAAUUGGUGACUAAUGAGUGGAGAAGGAUAAGGCGAAUUGUACAAGGACUUAAUGUGGAGAUUCAUGAGGGGUUGGCAACAGCCCAAAUCUCUACGUUCACUGAACCUCUAGAGAAAGCGCAGCGAGUCGAAAGCGCAAGGCUGCAAGUUAGGGACUUCCAUACUAAGAAAUGGAGCACUCCUAAUUACUCUUCUGGACAAGCAAGUAAAAGUGCCCCACCUCCCAAGAUGGGAAGAGGAACAGGAGAAAUAAGGACCGCUGGAGCUCCAAGAGAGGCUUUAUCAAGUGGAGGCCGUAAUGGGCAAGGUCAAGCGAGAGGAACACCUUCUGGUGGUCAGGGCGUGACUUCUCAAGUUAGUUGUGGCUACUGUGGCAAGUCCAACCAUGCGGAGAAUGAUUGUUGGAGGAAAUUGGGGAAGUGCUUGUAUUGUGGCAGUAUUGAGCACCAGAUAUCAAAAUGCCCAAGUAUACCAAAAGAAGUAGGUAGUACUCAAAGACCCGAAAAAUCAGCCUCUAAGCAGUCUAGUGCUGGGGGGAGUCAACCUAAGGUGCCUAUUAGGGUUUACGCAUUGGACUAUCAACAGAUUCCCGAUUCUACUGAGGUGGUUGAAGAUGUGAAGCCAACUAAGUUACCUUAUGACUUGGAGGUUAGAACGCCUACUAGGGAUCAAAGUUUAAUUGCAAACUUGGUGUAUAGAGAUUGCGAUAUAUGGGUUGAAGAGUGGAAAUUACUAGCUGAUUUCAUGAGUUUAGCUAUUAAGGGAUAUGAUGUUAUCCUAGAAAUGGACUGGUUAGCUCGCUACCAUUGUGACGGCCCCACCUCCCCCUAA